UCCGGCCGAGGACCAGACAGCUUGCCUGCAGAGCAGCCGUCAACAUGAGGACCGCCACCAUCAUCGCACUCGUCGCCACCUCCAUCGCCGCCGCGGUGGACGCCGGCGCCUACUUUGCGCCGGCUGCUCUUUCAGCGCCGGCUUCAGCGCUGGGCGUCAAGGUGUGCGCCGAUGACCAACCCGAUGUGGCCAUCUGUCGCAAGAACGCCCUGCAGCAGGCCAUACCAUUGCUGGCGCAUGGCAUACCGAGCAUCGGCGCAUCGCCCAUUGACCCUCUGGACAAUCUGCCGCCGCUAGUGUUCAACGUGAACCAGCCUGGCAUCACCAUUAACUUCGAACUCAAGAACAGCAGGAUGCUGGGACACGGACGUGCUGUUCUGGAGGAUCUCAACGUGGACACAAAUGCGGUCACCAUUCGCGUGCUGACCCACGUCCCUGGCGAGUUCAUUUUCGACGGUGACCAUGCCAUCGAUGCCUACGUCUUUGGCGUGCCCUACAAGGGCAGUGGACGAUUCACGCUUGUCGAAAUCGACUCCGGCGUGGAGAUGAUUUACUCCGGCCACCCCGUGCCGGGCCCUGAUGGCCGCACCUACCUGCAGCUGACCAGCGGCGAGUGCAAGCUGGACUACGGAGCGACCACAUACAAGCUCACCGGUGUCUACGGAGACUACCCUCCAUUUGUGGAGGCGCUGGGCAAGUUCAUCACGGAGGUGGCAUCCCCCGUGGUGGAGAAGCUGAUCGCGCCGCCCGUGGAGGCGUGGAUGGCCGACAUCUACCGCAGCCGCGCCCAGCAGGUGUUCAGCACGGUGCCCUUCGACGUGCUCUUCCCCAAGACGCUGGCCAUCGACGGCUUCUACAGGGCCUUCUACCCGCACUACUAGCAUGGUUGCCACCAAACAACCUUUUAAUGUUACCAAAUAGUACAUUCAUACAUCAUUAUCAACGAAUGUCAUAUAUAUUUGAUUAUAACAACUUAAUCAAAAAAUAAAAAACUAUAAUACCCUA